UUCAUCUCUCCGACGCUAACGAGGAAAACAAGGAACAGCAAAAAUUGAGAGAGCAAGUUCGGUACAAAGAUCCCGGUUUAUUCGCCCCUUACCGGUUCGAAGGCGCUCUCUGGCUUCUUUCUCUCCUUCUCUCGUGGGUUUGGGGUUUUUCAUAUAAUUCUUCGUAGAACAAUAAUGGAGAGACGUCCGUUGAGGCCGCCAGUUCCGUCUGACAUUUCAGACACUUGUUCGUUGAUACCGUCUUUUCAAAACCCUUCGGUAAAAGAAGCUGACAUGUCCUUCUAUCCACAACACAAUCAACUCAUGGCAACGCCUUAUCAUUUGCUCUCUGCUAAUGAUGGAGCUGUUGAUCAUAUUUACUCAAGUAGUGAUCUCUCUGCUAAUGAUGGAGCUGUUGAUCACAUUUACUCAACUAGUGUUCUCUCUGAUAAUGAUGGAGUUGUUGAUCAUAUUUACUCAAGUGAUUUCCAUAACUCAUUCGUCCCGGAGUCAUCAGUUUGGAUUCCUUCUCCACUCCCUGAUACUUUUGACUUUCCUUCGGCUUCUCCUAUUCAAAGCAGUCAGAUGGAGGACGGUGUUAUCGUAGCAUCUGAUGAUAUUCAUGAACAGUGUGACUGGCCAGUCUGGGAUGACCACUUGAUCACUGAUGGAGGAGAUGCGCUGAUGUCUACUGUCUUGGAAGAGCUUCUCCAUGACACGAAUUUCAACUCAGCUUCAGAGGUGCAGCAACCAAGUACGCCAUCGCAAAUUCAACAACCCCAAGUUGGUCUGCAGCAGCCUUCUCCUUGUCUGGAUUUGCGUCCACUUGUUAGGACAGUAUCCUCAAACAGCAACAACAAUAACAGUAGUAGCAACAGUAAUAAUAAUGCAGCAGCUAAGAGACGUAUGCGUUGGACGCCUGAACUUCAUGAGGUUUUUGUUGACGCUGUUAAUCAGCUCGGUGGCGGUGAAAAAGCAACUCCUAAGGGUGUGCUGAAGCUUAUGAAUGUCGAAGGUUUGACUAUAUAUCAUGUCAAAAGUCAUUUGCAGAAGUAUAGGACAGCUAAAUAUAUACCAGAACCAUCAGAAGCAGGUUCGCCAGAGACAAAGUUGACACCGCUUGAGCAAGUUACAUAUGUUGAUACGAAACGUGGGAUAGAUGUCACUGAGGCUUUGCGACUUCAGAUGGAAGUUCAGAAACAACUGCAUGAGCAGCUCGAGAUUCAAAGAAAAAUGCAAAUUCGGAUAGAAGAACAGGGAAAGGCGCUGCUGAUGAUGUUUGAGAAGCAAAAUAUAGGUUUUGGCAAACUGGAACAAGAAGACAAAGCAAGUGCGGAAACACCUGAAAAUUGUUCAGAGGAGUCAUCAGAUUCCCCUCGGGCAAAGCGUCGGAGAAACGAAGAAUGAAGGGGACCUUUCUCGGGAUGGUAGAUCAUAAAACUGUGGUUGGUUUUGUUGGAGUUGUAGAGUUUGACUUAUUAGACUAAGAGCUUUCUGUCUUCUUCAGGCUUUCUCUCUCUUUUUCUUUCUUUCUUAAGACUAAUUUUCUGAUUUUCAGCUCUCUAGGAAGAAACAAGAAUAAAAAAAGAGCAAUUCCAUCUUUCUGAUGUAAUUCUGAAUGCAGAUUUUUGAUUUUUGUGUUUAAUUUAGGUGAAUUCAAAACUUAAAUUUUA